AUGUUGUUGAGUUUGCCUGAUGAUCAACUCGAUCAAGCAAUCGAAAUGGCAAAAAGUGAGUAUUAUUUGUGGCCAUUGUUGUUUAUUUGGGCGAUUUCGACACAAAGAAGAAUCGCUUUUAAUUUGAUGAAACAAAAGUUUCCUGAUAAUGAAAUAUCAAAUCAUCUUUUCAAAGUUAUGAUAUAUACAUUGACUAAAGGAACGAGACAUCAAACGAUUGCAUAUUUGGAUUUGGAUAAUGUCAUCGGAUCUGAAAAUAAUUUGUCCGAAAUCAAAUUUAACAUCGCGAAAGAAAUCAUAUAUUUGGUGAUGAACCAAGUUGUCGAUCAAAAGGCUAUUUAUUAUAUAAUAAUUACAUGGAGAGCAUGGAUGUUGAAAUUUGGAUUGAUUCCUCUGACAAAUAUAAUUUUGGACAUUUUGAAUUACGAAACACAGAGUAUUUCUGAUAAAAACAAAGUUAAAUUCAUGUAUUCAUCUGUUGCAUAUCUGUUGGUAUCAACAACAGAGAAAAAUGAUGCACAACUGCAUGAGCUGAUUAAAGAAAUCUCUGUCAUGAUUAGUAAUAAUGACAUUGAGAAGAUUCCUGGUGCUUUCGGAUUGGCACACUUUGUAAUUGUAUUGAUUCUUAGUAUCGAUGAAGACUGGGAAGACUCAUUCAACAAAAUAAUGGAUAACUGUCGAAUGAUUCUAUCAGAAAAGUGGGACAGUAUUAGUCCUCCGAUGGUUUUCGCAAGAACAAUUGUCAAACCCUCAAUUUAUAUUCCAAUCGUUCAACCUUUGUUGCCUGCUGACUUAUUUUCUGUUUUAAUACAAAAGAAUGAGUGGAUAUCUGCAAUAGACUACUUUAUUGCAAUGGGAAUAUCUAACAAGAGCAGCUCUGAAGAAUCUCCUGACUUGAUUUACUCUGAAAACUUAUAG